AUGAUGGAAAAAUUGUGGUCAUCAAUUGUAUGUACGAGUCAUGCAAAAAAAAUCAGCACACAACAUUUGAUUGGAUCUAUUAAUCAAAGAAUCGUUAAAACUUUUACUACUCAAGCACUGAUAGAAAAUGUUAACGAGAAAUCGAUACAUGCAGCAGCUACUCUAUGGCAACCAUUAGCAUUGAGUGAAAUAGAAACAGGUCAACAAAUACAUGACGAACGCAAUCGAGCGAAUGUUCAAUCUUAUAAAAAUUUGAUGGAAAAUUUGAAUUUAUUAUUGAGAAAAAACACAUUAACGUGGAAACAGCAAAAGAUAGCCAUAUCAUUAUUAUAUCUUCUUCUUCAAAAUCGUGUACCAAUUCCAUCAUCAUGUAUUCGAACAUUCAUGGACUUUCUUGUUCAUGAUAAUAUUGAAUUGCGAAAGCAUGCAGAAAAGAGCAUUACGGCCAUUUGUCGUUUGCAAAAGCCACCUCGAAUCUGUAUGGAAAAACCUAUCGACGAAAUUCUUCAGAAUAUUGGUCAAUCAGCACCAACUCUUGUCGGUGGUGACCAUCAACCAGGUGAUCGCCAUGAUAAUGUAUGGGUAACAAUCGAUGGUUAUAAACAACCAGAGACCCAAACUGAUUGGGAACAAACAUGUUUUUUGGACAAAUCAUUUUAUGGUUAUUACACAUGGCCAAAUAUUAUCAAAUAUUCAAUGAAUAAACGAGAACGCUAUACAGCAAAUAAUAUGCCAGAACAAGUGGCUAUCUUAUAUGAACGUUUCAUUGACAAGAAUUUUAUUCAAAGAUCAAUACAAUUGAUGGUCUUCGAUGAAGAGAAGAACGAAAUUAAAUUUGAUAAAACUCGAUUUUUGAUGUUUAAAGUAGGCAAAGAUAAAAAGUCAAGUUUACACUAA